AUGUCGUCAAAUAAUUACGACACAAUAAACAAAACUUUGUCGGUUGGUGCUAUUGUUGCUAUUGUGGUCUCUUCAAUUAUUGGUCUUAUUAUAUGCGUUACAUUCAUUAUCGUGGUUGUAUGUAUAAUCAAAUUUUGUAAUCGACCAAGAUAUCCAAUACACCAAGGAAUAGUUUUACAAUCCCCAUAUCAAUAUGUUAGUGAUGCGUCACCUCAGUAUCCAUCUAAUAUGACUAGUGUUUCUAACUAUCCACCAUCGUAUUCAACAGUUCCUCCGCCUUAUAAUGCUCCAGCCUCGGAUUAUACCAAACCACCAUACACAUAA